AUGCGGGCACCGGCCCCCCAAGCGCCGAGCAGCGCGGCGGCACCGCGCCCGGGCCGCGCAAGGAGCGCGCUGCCCCGCAGCAGCCAGGCCGGGGCCGGGGCGGCCCGGGCGCUGCUGGCCGCCGCGUUGCUGGGCUUCCUGGCUGCGCGGGAGGCGGCGGAGCCCAGCGCCCCCGGCAUCCUGGUGACCAACCGCGGGCUGCGCGUCCCCUUCGGCUGCUCGGCGCCGCUGGACGCGGCGGCGGACCUGGUGCUGCGGGUGCGGCUCGGGUACCGGUGCGCGGUGACGGUGCUGGGCCGGGGCCGCGCCGCCCUGGCGCCCCCGCGCUUCCCCUGCGCCUUCGCCCGCGGGCAGGUCACCUACACCCACUUCGGCGCCCGGAGCCCCGGGCGGCACCGCCUGCGCCUCCAGCUCCGCUGCGACUCGCCCCGCCGGACCCUGGUCGUGCCCUUUGCGCUGGAGGUGGAGGUGCUCUUCCAGCAGCUGCGCCUGCUCAGCCGCAACCUGCCGCUGCCCGUGGGGAAGCUGCGGGGGCUCAGCCCCCCUCUGGACGGCAAGGUGCUGGGCUUCCCCGAGGGCGAGCCCGGCCGGCGUUGCCCCCUCAUCCUGCUGCCCCCCGCGGCCGUCGGCGCCGGCCCCCUGCCCGCCUACGGGCGGCUGCUGGACGCCGAGGGGCGGCCCCUGCCCGCCGGCUGUAGCGGCGACUGUCUGGCCGUGCUGCAAGCGGGGAUCCGCUACCAGCGCACGGCGGCCACAGCCUCUCCCAGGCGGGACCGCACCCCCGCGCGGGUGUCCGUGCUGCCCGCUGCCGGCCCCGAGGAGUGGGAGUACUUCCAGGUGCUGGUGUGGAUCUGCAAAGGGGCUGACAACACACCACCCAAAACCAGGUUCUUGGCACUGCUCGUGAUGGAGGUGGACCAAUUUGCGCUCACUGCCCUCACCCCAGAUGUGCUGGCUGCUGAGGACCUGGAGACAAGCACAGACGUCCUGAUCUUCAAUCUCGCCUUGCCCUGGCCCAGUGACCCACUGCAGCAAGGCUACCUGCUCAGCACUGAUGACCCCAGCCGGCCCCUUGCCACUUUCUCACAGCAGGAGGUGAGGGAACUGAAGAUUGCUUACCAGCCCCCUACACUGGACUCAGACCAGGAGCAGCUUUUCCAGGUGGAAGUGGAGGUGCUGGAUUCUGACAGUGCCUUCUCAGAGCCCUUUGCUUUUGUGAUCCUAGUGAAACCCAUGAACACACUGGCUCCUGUGGCCAUUUUCAGUUAUGUGGCUGGCCCUCAGCUGAUGCUCUUUGAGGGCCAGUCACAACCCCUGUCUGGCAACCUGGAGAUCAGUGAUGAGGACAAUUUGAAAGAAGUGAAGGUCUGUGUUACACAGGGCCUCCAGUAUGGGGAGAUCAACGUUCUUGGCGUGCCACUCAGCUGCAAGUACUCCACUGCUGCAGAGCUGGAAGCAGGGCAAGUGAUUUACCAGCAUGAUGGCAGUGAGCACAGCUACAGUGACAACACUGUGUUGCAUAUGGUGGAUGGGCAGCACCAGGUUGAAUUUCUGUACCCCAUCACCAUUGCUCCUGAUGACGAUCAACCACCACUGCUGAAUGCAAACACUGGGUUGGUGCUGAGUGAGCACCAGACUGUCCAAAUCUCACCUUUCAUCCUCAGUGCCACAGACAUUGACUCUGAUGAUCCUUCAAUCAGAUUUGUCCUGGUUAGGGACUCAAUAGCAUCCCCGUUGUACUCUCACUGCUUUGGGGAGCUGCUGCUACGUCAAACAGAGCCACCAGCGUCUUUUGAGAGCAAGGAAAGCGGCGCAGAAUUGGACAGUGACUCCUCUGCCUUCCCCUGGCACUUUGUGGAGGACAAAGGUACAUAUGAGAGGGUGGUGAGUGAGUGGCUGCAGCAAGACAUCCUCAAUGGGAGGCCGUUCUUCAGGCACAUCGGAGCUCACAGCACCAGCCUAGCAAUGGACCAUGUUGUGUUCCAUCUGCAGGACAGCAAUGACCCCCCUAACAAGUCUGGGGAUCACGUGUUUGCUGUCAAAGUGCAACCAGUAGACAAUCUGCCACCUGCGCUGUACCCAGGUAGUAGCCUGCAGAUGACAGUGCAAAAAUAUCACCUGACUCCCUUUAAGAAGCACAAUUUACGGUACACUGACUUCGACACUGAUGACGGGCAUCUGAAGUACACUUUGCUGACUGCCCCAACUGAUGCGGAUGAGAAUCACUCUGUGGUCUUUGGGUGGAUUGUGUUGGCUGACAGCCCUGAGACAUCCAUUACACAUUUCACCCAGGCCCAAGUCAACCGUCACAAGGUGGCAUAUCAACCUCCAGAACAGGAGCUGGAGAUCACACCAUGGGUAGUGCAAUUCACAUUCCUUGUAGAGGAUGCAGCUGGCAAUUCUCUACCUGGUACUUUUACCCUGUUCCUGCAGCCAGUGGACAGCCAGCCACCUCAGAUUACCAAUACAGGCUUCACUGUGCUUGAGGGAAACAGCUUCCUUCUCGCCAGCAAUCAACUGGACACUACUGAUGCAGACCAGAUUGUCUUCACAAUAACUCAAGCUCCAGUGCAUGGCCAUCUGCAUUAUCUGGAGGAGGGUCUGAUGGCACAAGGAGAAUCUUUCCUGCUAGAUCAUGUUGCUGGUGGGCGUCUCUCCUACAAGCACAAUGGUGAUGAGUUCACCAGUGAUUCUUACCAGCUGGAAGUGAGUGAUGGAGUCCAUCAUGUGCCCAUCACAGUCAAGAUUGCUGUGCAGCCUGUGGAUGAUGAAAGCCAUAGCAUCGCUCUCCCUGGUGGUCAUAGGCAGGUGGGAGCAGCCCUUGAUAUCUUGGAAAAUGGUGUUGCUGAGAUUACCACAUCACUUAUCCAAGGUACUGAUGAGGAUACAGAUGAUUUGGUGCUGACCGUCAUUGUGCAGGAUCCCCCCCAAGCUGGAGACAUCCUUGUGGAUGGAGUGCAAUUAGAAAAGUUUACCCAGCACGACCUCAUCGGUGGAGCUGUAGCCUAUGCUCACACCAGUGGAGAGAUUGGCUUGAAAAAGAGGUAUGAUUCCUUCAAUCUCACCAUCUCUGACCUAUCCAGCAAAUGGGUUGGAGGCAGCACGCCGCAAGGGGUACGUGUGGCUUUCACCGUAUUGCCUGUGGACAGCAUUGCACCUGAAGUGAUGGUUGGGGCAGAGCCAUGCAGUGUCCUUGAGGGAGGGAAGAGUACUCUAACUCUGGAUCAGCUGGAUGCAGAAGACAUAGAUACUUCCAGAGAUGACAUCUUGUGCAUUAUCACAGUUCAGUUCACUUCAGGAUAUUUGGAGAACAUCUCUCCAGCCCCAGGAUCCGAGAAGUCUAGAGCUGGUAUGGCCAUUAGUGCCUUUUCCAUCAAAGAUGUUUGUCUCGGUCACAUCAAUUAUGUGCAGAGCAUUCACAAAGGGGUGGAGCCUGUAGAGGACAGAUUCACUUUCCAGUGCUCUGAUGGUAUUAACUUCUCCCCUCAUAACUUCUUCCCCUUCAUCAUCAUCCCCACCAAUGAUGAAAAGCCAAAGCUGUUUGUGCAUGAGUUCACAGUGCUUGAGGGGAUGAGCCUGGUAAUUGACACCUCCAUCCUUAAUGGAGCCGAUGUAGGCCUUCCUCCAGACAAACUGUGCUUUGUUAUUACCAUCCCUCCAAAACAUGGGCACUUUGUGCAGCAGCUGUCCACAGGCAUUGCACCUGUUCACAGCUUCACCACGGAGGCAAUCCAGGAGGCUUCCAGCAUUGUGUAUGAACGCGAUGACUCAGAGACAAAAGAAGAUAGCUUUCAAAUUCAGCUGAGCGAUGGGCAGCACACGGUGCAACGGAAAGUAUCGAUCAUGGUGAUCCCAGUAGAUGAUGAGACCCCCAGGAUGGCAAUCAACAAUGGGCUAGAAGUAGAGAGUGGAAAGUCCAAGGUCAUCUCUAGCCAGGACCUUAAAGCCACAGAUAUAGAUUCAGAGGACAGGAACCUUGCCUACAUCAUCUGUUUGGCACCUAGGCAGGGUUUAUUACUGCACCUCAACAGACAAGGGAAAGUGCUGUGCAACGUUACACAAGGCAUGAACUUCACCCAGGAUGAUUUAGACCAAGGUUUUAUUCGUUAUAUUCAUGCCAGCCUACGUGGAGUCCAUGAUCUGAUUAAAUUUGAUGUCACUGAUGGUAUUAACCCCUUGAUAGACAGGUAUUUCUAUAUUACCAUCAGUAGCAUUGGUAUGGUCUUCCCUGAGGUGAUCAACAAGGGGGUAGCUCUGAAAGAAGGUGGAAAGGUGACGCUCACAACUGACCUGCUCGGCACAAGCGAUGUUAACAGUCCUGACGAGAACUUGCGCUUCACCAUUACCUGGUCCCCUACUCGGGGCCAUUUAGAGCACUCAGGCAGUCCUGGGAUACCUGUUGUUGCCUUUACUCAACUCCAACUUGCUGGCAACAAGAUUUACUACAUUCAUAGUGCAGAGGAUGAGAUGAAGAUAGACAGUUUUGAAUUUGAAGUGACAGAUGGAUAUAACCCAGUCUUUCGCACCUUCAGGGUCUCCAUUACAAACGUAGACAGUAAAAAGCCGAUUCUAACUACUGGUAACCUUCUGGUUGAGGAAGGGAAUACCAGACUGAUCACCCCUUUUGAGUUGACUGUGGAAGAUGGGGAUACACCUGACUGUUGACUCCUUUUCACAGUCACUCAGGUUCCUGUGCACGGCCAGGAACCUGUACAACAACAGCUGUACAACAACAGCUACCCAGUAACCUGCUUCACCGAAGAAGACUUGAGCGAGAAUCUUAUCAGCUAUAGACAUGAUGGUACAGAAAUCAGCCAGGAUAGCUUCUCUUUCUCUGUGACUGAUGGCACCCACACAAACUUUUAUGUUUUCCCUGACACUGACAUGGAGACCCAUCAACCCCAGAUGUUGAGGAUUCAGAUCAAUUUGCUGGACAAUAGGGUGCCACAGUUAGUGGUAAACAAGGGUGCCUCCACUCUGAGAAGCCUUCCAACUGGGCAGUUAGGCUUCCUCAUCACUAGUAAGGCACUAAAGGUGGAAGACCAGGACAGUCCACACAAACUGUUGAAAUACAGAAUAACAGAUGGGCGAGAGCAUGGCUUCAUCAUUAACACUGGCCUUGGAAAUGAGAGCAUUGGAACAUUUAUGCAAGCUGAUACUGAUGAAAUGAGGAUCAGCUACAUCCUGAAAGAAAAUGAUAGUGCUACCAGUGACAUCUUCUAUUUCUCCAUUGAAGACAGUGGAGGAAAUAUGUUAAGGAGUCAAUCCUAUAGACUGAACUGAGCAUGGAUUUCCUUGGAGAAGGAGUACCACAUUGUAGAUGAGAACUCCAAAUUUUUGGAGGUGACCAUCAGACGCAGAGGAUAUCUGGGAGAGACCUCUUUUACCAGUAUUGGAACCAAAGAUGGUACAGCAGUAAAGGACAAAGACUUCAGAGGGAAAGCUCAGAAACAGGUCCAGUUCAAUCCAGGACAGGCUGCUGCCGCUUGGCGAGUGAGGAUUUUUAUAGACAAUUAAUAUGAAGCACCUGAAACAUUCCAGAUUGUUUUGUCUGAUCCUGUUGUGGCUGCCCUUGAGAUUCCAGUAGCAGCAACAGUUGAAAUUGUGGAUCCUGGUGACGAAUCUACAGUGUAUAUUCCUCAGCUGGAAUACAGAGUAGAGGAAGAUAUUGGUGAGCUGCAGAUCCCUAUUAGAAGAUCUGGAGAUGUCAGUCAAGAAUUAAUUGUCAUUUGUUCCACACACCAAGGUUCUGCUACAGGCACAGUUCCAUCUACCAUCUUGUCAUACUCUUACUACAUCUCCCAUCCUGAAGAUCAUACCAGCAUUGUUCACUUUAAUAAAGAUGAGACUGAGAAAAUCUAUCAUAUUAUGAUUAUCGAUGACUCUCUCUAUGAGGAAGAUGAGAUCUUCAAUGUGUCUCUGAGCAUGCCAGUGGAAGGCCACAUUGGCACUGAAUUCCCAAGCACUGAAGGAGUGAUCUUGGCUGACACAGAUGAUAAACCUGCUUUGUACUUCAGUGACUAUGCACAUCAAGUGGAUGAAAGUGCUGGCUAUGUGGAGAUUCCUGUCUGGAGAAGUGGAACAGACCUGUCCAAAGCUGCCUCAGUCACCGUGCGUUCCGGAAAAACAGAGCCAGUGUCAGCAGAGGCUGGAGUUGAUUACGUGGGCAUUAGCCAUAACCUUGAUUUUACUCCAGGAGUCAACAUGCAAGUGUUUCGCGUGAUCAUCCUUGAUGAUCUGGGCGAACCUAUCCUAGAAGGUGCAGAGAGGUUUGAACUAGUUCUCCAUAUGCCUACGAACGCAGUGCUUGGAGAGCCGAGCAAAACUGCUGUCUUCAUCAAUGACACUGUUACUGACUUACCCAAAGUCCAGUUCAAAGAACCACUGUACAGGAGGAGUGGAAAAGAUGAACAGUUGGUGGCCGUCACUUAUCGAAGAGGUGACGUUACCCAUAAAUCUACAGUGCGUUGUUAUACGUGCCAGGGUUCUGCACAGGUUAUGGUGGACUACAAGGAGAGGCCAAGUACAGAUGACUCUGUAGUGAUGUUUCUCCCAGGAGAAACUGAGAAGCCUUGUGUGGUAGCACUGGAGGAUGAUGCAAUUUAUGAGGAGGAGGAAGAAUUCCGAUUAGUGCUUGGAACACCAACAAGUGAUUCUACUUUUGGUGCUUCUAUUUGGGAUCAGAAAGAGACUGUUAUCAAGAUUAAGGAUGAAGAAGACAAACCAGUGAUUAAGUUCUCUGAAAUAAAAUACAGCAUUCAGGAGCCUCAGGAACCUGGAGAAAUUGGACGUGUAAGAAUCCCUGUUCUACGCCUUGGUGAUAGCUCCAAAGUAUCCAUUGUCAGAGUGCAUACUAAGGAUGGCUCAGCCACCUCGGGAGAAGACUACAAUCAAAUGUCAAAAGCAUGUAAUCCAAAGUAUUCAGACUACGACAAGACUGGGUCCAUCUGUGCCACAGAAAACAUCAAUAAUACUCUGACCCUGUACUGAUGGCUUGUCAGUGCUCCAAGUGGCAGUGAUGGUGUCACCAGCCCAAUGAGGGAAAUGGACGCCAACACUUUUGUUACCAGCACCAACUCCAUCUCCCUGGACUCUAUAUACUUCCAGGCAGGCUCCAGGCUUCAGUGUGCUGCACGAGCUGUGAAUGCCAACAGUGAUGCAGGUCUGGAGCUGUUGAGUCCAAUUUGUACAGUAAGCAGAGAGGAAGGUCUUUGUCAACCUCGCAUCCCAGGAACAGUGGGAAUAGAACCUUUCUCCGCUAAAAUGCACUACACAGGUCCAGAUGAUCCAGACUAUCCCAGUCUGAUCCGAUUAACAGUCACUAUGCCCCAUAUGGAUGGGAUGUUGCCAGUUAUCUCCACACAUCCUUUAUCCAGCUUCAAGCUAACACUUAGUCCAGACGGCGCUUAUGUAGGACACCACAAAUGCUCCAACCUGCUGGACUAUGAUGAGAUCCAGACCAAACAUGGCUUUAUAACAAAGGAAACUAAGAACUCCAAAGCAAUUGGAGAAACAUCACUUUACCAGUAUAGCAGUGCUCUGCGAUCUGCUAAAACCUUGCAUUUCUACCAGAACCUCAACCUCGAGGCUUGCCUUUGGGAGUUCAACAGUUACUACGAGAUGUCUGAGCUGCUGACUGACUGCGGGGGCUCCAUUGGCACAGAUGGGCAGGUCUUAAAUUUGGUGGAGUCAUAUGUCACACUACGGGUGCCACUUGUCUCCUAUGUCUUCCACUCCCCUGCUGCAGUUGGUGACUGGCAACAUUUUGACUUGCAGUCUGAACUGAGACUCACCUUUGUGUAUAACACUGCUGUCCCAUGGAAAGAUGGGUUAGGCAGCCCUCCUGAACCGCAGCUCCAAGGAUCCCUCUAUCUCACUAGCAUGCGAAUCAAUGACGAAGGGCAACUAGUGGUGAACUUUCGAACAGAGAUUCGGUUUCAGGGCCAUUCUGGAACAUCUCUGUCAUCAGUGGUGAUGUCCGCUGACCACCCUGGGCUCACAUUUACACUCAGUCUGUUACAAAGUGAGCCGACCUUUCACCAGCCUGUGCAGCAGUGGAGUUUCAUCUCUGACUUUGCUGUACGAGAUUACUCAGGUACUUACACUGUGAAAUCUAUCCCCUGUAGUGCUGCGCCCAGCCAGCAAUAUGCCCUUCCUGUCAUCUGCAACCCGCGGGAGCCAGUCGCCUUUGAUGUGGACAUCAGGUUCCAGCAGGUCAGUGACCCAGUGGCAGCAGAGUUCAGUCUGAAUACUCAAAUGUUCCUGCUGUCCAAAAGGGAGCUUUGGGUAUCUGAUGGGUCAAUGGGAUUUGGAGAUGGCACUGAUGUUGCCUUUACUGAAGGAUCUGAAAUCUAUGGCCGAGUGAUGGUGGAUCCAGUUCAGAACCUCGGCGACUCCUUCAGCUGCACCAUCGAGAAGGUGUUCCUGUGCACCGGUGCUGACGGGUACGUGCCAAAGUACAGUCCAGACACUCAGGAAUACGGCUGUCUGUCCGACUCGCCUUCCCUCUUGUACAGAUUCAAGAUCCUGGACAAAGCUCAACCUGAGACCCAAGCAAGCUUUAGAGACCUGGAAUUUCAUGCUACACUAGCAGCUGAUCAUGCAGAUGCUUUUGCAUUAGUAAAACAGCCUGGCUCUGAUGGUUUCAGCCUAUCAUCUGCUCCGCUCUUCCAGCUAAGUUGUCUGACAAGCAAGUAUAUCGCAGAAAUGUUCUUUUAG